CCACCCCCCCUUCUCCCCUUCCCUCCUCACCCCUCUCCUCCCCUCACUCUGCAGCGGCACACAAAGAGGAAGAUGGAAAAGACAUUGUGCACGUUGGCUGCAGUGAUUUUUCUGGGUGGAAUUUUAGACGCAGCGUUGACGGACGACCCGACGACCCCGAUUAGUCCGUCGUUUAGCAACACAACUACGGCCGCGUCUGCAAGCAGCGCAGACCGACCGGCUCCAACAGCUGCAAGGACCAAGUCCUCCACUGUCAGGGACAAACAUCUGGAAGGGGAAGGACAAGACAAGAGGCUCGACUGCCCCCCCCUCGGCCUGGAGUCCCUGCGGGUCGACGACAGCCAGAUCCAGGCUUCUUCCUACCAGGCGACGGGUCUGGGUCCUCACCGGGGGAGGCUGAACAUCCAGUCGGGCAUCGAGGACGGCGACCUGUACGAUGGAGCCUGGUGUGCAGAGCAUAAGGACCGGCACCAGUGGCUGGAGGUGGACGCCAUCCACCUCACGCUGUUCACCGGGGUCAUCCUGCAGGGCCGAAACUCCAUCUGGAGUUGGGACUGGGUCCACACCUACAAAGUCCAGCUGAGCAACGACUCCGUGAGCUGGAAAAGCUGCAUGAAUGGGACAGAGGAAGCGAUAUUCGAAGGGAACCAGGAUCCAGAGACGCCGGUGCUCGGGCUCCUUCCCGUUCCCACCGUCGCCCGGUUCAUCCGCAUCAACCCUCAGACCUGGUACACAAACGGCAGCGUCUGCCUCAGGGCCGAGGUACUCGGGUGCCGAGUGCACGAUCCGACUGAAACGCACUCGGAGCAAGAGCCGGGGUCACAAGACGGCCUGGACUUCAGGCAGCACAACUACACGGAGAUGAGGAAGCUCAUGAAGUCCGUGACAGAGGAGUGUCCAGACAUCACCCGCGUCUACACCAUCGGGAAGAGCUACGAGGGCCUCAAACUGUACGUCAUGGAGAUCUCAGACAACCCCGGCAAACACGAACUGGGGGAGCCCGAGUUCCGCUACGUGGCCGGGAUGCACGGGAACGAGGCCCUCGGCCGAGAGCUCGUCCUCAACCUCAUGCAGUACAUGUGCAGAGAGUACAAGAAGGGCAACCAGCGCGUCGUCCGGCUGGUGACCGAGACGCGGAUCCACCUCCUGCCCUCCAUGAACCCCGACGGAUACGAAGAGGCUUAUAAGAAGGGCUCCGAACUGGCCGGCUGGGCCGACGGGCGAUUCACCUUCCAAGGGAUCGACCUGAAUCACAACUUCCCAGACCUGAACACCAUCAUGUGGGACGCCGAAUUGAUAGCGGAAGAUAAAUACAAGGUCCCCAACCACUACAUCCCCAUGCCAGAGUACUACACUAAAGAAGACGCCAUGGUUGCGCCAGUGACGCGAGCCGUCAUCAACUGGAUGCAGGAGAUCCCCUUCGUGCUGAGCGCCAACCUCCACGGGGGAGAGCUGGUGGUCACGUACCCCUACGACUGCACCCGGGACUGGGUCCCCAAGGAGGACACCCCCACGGCGGACAACGCCUUCUUCCGCUGGCUGGCCACCGUCUACGCCUCCACCAACCGGGUGAUGUCCAACCCCAACCGCCGCCACUGCCACUACGAGGACUUCCAGGCCCACAACAACAUCAUCAACGGCGGCGCCUGGCACACCGUCCCCGGCAGUAUGAACGACUUCAGCUACUUGCACAACAACUGCUUCGAGGUGACGGUGGAGUUGUCCUGCGACAAGUUCCCUCACGUCAGCGAGCUUCCCGUCGAGUGGGAGAACAACAAGGAGUCUCUGCUCAUCUACAUGGAGCAGGUGCACAGAGGCCUCAAGGGCGUGGUCAGGGACAAGGCGACCAAGCGGGGGAUCCCAGACGCUAUAAUCAAGGUGGAGGACCACGAACACGACAUACGAUCAGCCGCCGACGGGGACUACUGGCGCCUGUUGAACCCGGGCGACUACAAGGUGGUGGUCUGGACGCCGGGCUACUACCCGUCCACGCGGCAGUGUCGCGUCGGAUCGGAGCCGCGCGCCACCAUCUGUGACUUCGCUCUGACCAGAACGCCCGUUCAGAGGCUGAAGGAGAUCCGGGCCAAAGGGGGCAGGAUCCCGCAGGACGUCGAGCUGCGCGUCCGCGCUCUGAGGCUCCGCAAGCUGCGCGCCAGCACCAAGGUCCUCAACCAGCGCCGGGAGGGUCAGCAGCGGGCGAGGAGGGCGAGGGCGGCCCGGAGAGCGUGAGGGAGGAGGAGGGUGGGGCCUCAGAGAUGACUUUAAAUAUUAAAAGAAAAAACACAGCGACUUGAUCGGGUGUACUGACCCUUUUAAGGCAGAUUCAACAACAACAACAACAAAAAACUUUUACAGAUGUUGACAGGAUAUUUAAAAAGCAGGUUUUAUACACACAAACACACAAGGACACAAACUGAGUAACUUAAGUACACAAAGUUUUCAGAGCCUUAUUGAAAUCUUCACAUUUAUAGACGUUAAAGUUCAAAUUCACUUCCCUCGUUGUUUUUUCUGUUUUGCACACGAAGGGUUUCAGUCGAUGGCGCUGUCGUGAUUGUCGACGGCCGAGUGUGUGUCAGCUGGUCUGAUAUGUGACGUGUUUCUUUUCUGACAGCGUGCGGUUCACUAAAGUCCAACAAAUUUCAAAUAAAUAUGACUUAUUUGUCUUAA